AUGGCAGCCAUGAACGGAGAGUAUCCUUUAGUUUUGCCUCUUAGAAAAAAUAAAAGCAAAUAUGAUGAAAUAAUCAAGAAGAUCGCUAUCGCACUCACAGGGCUGUCGAUUUUGCAAUCGCUCAGAUUGACAGUAACCGGCGGAGCGUACGCAGUCACAAGAUUUAAAAUAGAUCCUGCAGAGACUGGGUUGUUUAUUAAAAUGACACUGAACACCACCGAGGUGUUUUGUGUCACGGGCAUAAUGAUAACCACAAUUUACUCGCUGAUAAGAAGGAAGCUCGAUCUUAUGAAGUAUGACAACUACAUAUCGAUAGUGCUGACGUGGAUGAACUUCGUUUCGUUCGUAGUAAUAUUCUUCUCGUACCACAGCGGAGGAGAGAAGGGUCACCUAACCUUUUACUACUGGGCGCUGGUGGCAGCGUCGCUGAUGUACGGAAUGCACCAGUCAAUAGUGCUUAACAUGAUCACAAAGGACGUGUCCUACUACUUCGUAGGAAUGCCACUCUCAGGGCUAAUAAUCCUAGUCUACCACGUUUUGUUCAGAUUUUUCUACAAGCUGUUCAACAAGACGAAAAUGGAGUACUAUUUGGUAAUAUUCCAAAUAGAGAUAGCAAUGUUUUUGUGGCUGUUGGCAUCAAUUUUUUGGACCUGGGCAUAUUACGAGUACGAUCCUAAUGAUGAAUCUAAUACAAAGGAAGAACAAACUUCUGACGAGGAGGGUGGUAAACCUUGUGGCACUAAAAAAAGUUUGGAUGAUCUAACGUUUUUUCAGAGGCUUAAAAACGCCUGGUCGCCCUUUUUGAUGAAUAUAAUGGGAAUGGCGUUUUCAUUUUUCUUUUAUCCAGCAAUAGCUCCUUACGAAUUCGUUGAAUCUGACGUGGGAUACAAAAUCGAUUUGUGUGUACUCUUCAUUUCAGUAACUGCUGCAACGACUCUGGUUCUGAUUGUCCGAGAAGGUUUUGGGCCAAACAGAUGUUGGAAGGACAAAUUUAGUGCUUACCACUAUGCGUGGUUCCUGUUCAUACCGUUUUACGGAAUCAUGAUAAUACUCUUAGUCCUGAUUCAUUAUCCAUCUAACGCGUUCAGUCGCUACGUUAAAUCUCAUCCUUACUGUAUAGGAAUCUUAACAAUUGUUCUGAGGACACUGGAUGAUGUAAUUAGGGGUAUAAGUACGAAUGGAGUGAGUAUGCAAAGUGACGCCGAAGACGGGGACAUGGCAAGUCUGUCCAACUGUAUAGCUCAGAUCCUGCUCAACGUGUUCGCAUUCAUAGGAAUGGGAUACAUCAGAGCGGUCAGAAUGCACAACAGAGACAAGUACAACUGGCCAACGGAGGGCUUUGGAUGGCUCAGGGCAGUAUGGUUCUGGACAAAAACGUCGUGCUCCGGAGGAUGGGAGUCGUUCCUGGAGUCGUUCACACUGAAUGUUAGAGCAUACUUUGAGACGAACUUUGACGACGAUGACGAGGACAUAUUCUUGACAUUUUAA